AUGUACGACAACGCAGAAUUAGAGACGACACACUCGGAACAAGCAUGUCGGAAUUGGAUUCAUUCGACUGCAAAUAUCUCGACAUCGAACAGUGCGCGUCCGCGACUUAAGAGAGUACGAGACGGUAGGCGCGAAACUUGGGCAUUAGUUCUAACAGGAGAGCUCGAGGGAAAGAUUGAGACGGCUCUUGCGUUGGGACGUAGUUAUAUCCAGGGAGUCAAGAACGUCAAGAAAUGGAAGUACGAAUUGCUCCUGGAGCAAGCUGACAACACUGGAUCUUUGGAGGCGAUCACGCAUCGCUUGAACGUCAAGCGAUCAGAGAUACAGCCGAACAAAGAGCCAACUAUGUUACAAAAGAAGACAUUGGCGAACUUGGCCCAAGGUGUCGAACGACUCAAAGCCAAUCAGAACCUCUGGAACGAAAGGAUAGCGACUUGGGAUAGAAAUGUUGCGCGCGGCUUGGAUAGGUGGCGGAAGGCUUGGACUGACGUAGACAAGAUUCUAGCCAAAGUAUGGAAAGAUGCAGGACGGUUAGUGGCGGACGACGAUUCUGAUGCGGACAACGAAAGGCCACCUAGAGCGACUGAGUCAAAGAAGGAAGUCGGACGAAGCGGAGGCCGGGCGACUAUACCUGGCGACGACGUGCCGUUAGCUGCACCGGAGGCAGAAAUCGCUCGACAAAGGCAGGCAGGAAGGCGAAGAAGCGAUAUCUCGGAAUGGCAAAACAGUGGCCAAGCCCAAAGCCCCACGAACCUCGACAAGGGGAAAGCCACGCGCGACAACAAGCGGGUGAUCAUGAUGCGCAUCGCGAACGACGGAACCGAAGUCGAUCAAGCAGCCCAGGACGCGAACAAGGUACGUCUAGAGACGCACCAAGAUAUCGGGAACGCGAUCACCGCGAAAGUCAGCAGCGUAGGACUCGCGAUGAAAGCGCUCGGAGGAUAA